AUGGCACAUCUCACCCGCUCCACGGCUCUUCCAACCAUGGCUCUAGCCAUUAGCUCCAGCCUGGCACACCAGAACGGCACCGUUGCCGCGCUAUUCUAUGACGACUGCUACGACUACGACCCGGGGUCCUGCUUCACCAUGACGAUUGAAGCGCCCCCCAUCCACUGUCCACGCUGUCCCUGGCUGCCCGACUGGAUAUCGUGUCCGGCCGUGACGGACGUGACGACCAUGACGAUUCCCUGCAGCACGAGCUGCUGUCCCGACACCCCCACCGUCACCGUCACCACGCCUUGUUCGCCUUGCUCGACCACGUGUGGGCUCGCAUGGCAGGCCACCGUGGUCGAACAUGACUGCCCGGCCGCCACCACGACGGCACCAGCAGAGACGUCGCCUUCCUACUGGGAUUACCCGCCGCCCAAGGCGACGCGACCUGCCCGGCCGACCGACGAGGACGACUGGGAGGCCAAGCUGUUCCACAUCCUCCACACCGAAAGCAUCGACAUCAGCUACACCUGGGAGCACGACUGGACCACGGCCUAUACCUUCGACCUCGGCGGCACCACGGCCACGCAUAUUUAUGACCAAUACGGCACCACCGAGACGAUCGUCUGGGUCAUCCCGCGGCCGACAGACGGCCACCACGGCGGUGGCUGGGCGCGGCAGCCGGCGCCAAGAGCUCGCCGCAAGCGCAGGAUUCAGCUGAUGGGCUACGGCGCGGCUGAACCGGUGCCCAUCUUGACAGCCGACGUGGCUGCAGAAACAAAAAAAGCCUUGACCAAGUAG